UUUUUUACGCGCACUUCUUUCCCCCCUCAUCUCUCACCCUCACACACGGAGCACCUAAUCCACCUUCGCACCUUUAGUUUUUUUUUUUUUUUAAGAGCGCGGUUUGUGUUUUCUUUUUCUUUUCUCCAGCAAAUAAAAAAAAAAACCUUCUCUUUAAUGAAUGACUGUGUGUACUCCCGAACCGAACUCUGAUAGCUCGUCCGCGCGACCUCACCUCGGCACAUCAUCUCCGCUGAAGUUCAGACGCCACCGGGACUUUUCACCGCAGCUUCAGACGCACUUCUUACAGGGGGGGAAAUAUCACUCGACCUGAUUUUUCUGCCUCGCCACAGCCGAAGCGACCUUCAACAUGAGUCUGAAAGCUGACUCUGAGCCUAAUAACAACGUUUCCAUCGAGGAGGAGGUACGAACUCUGUUUGUCAGCGGCCUACCGGUUGACAUCAAACCACGGGAACUUUACCUCCUUUUCAGACCUUUUAAGGGUUAUGAAGGGUCACUGAUUAAGUUAACAUCAAAACAGCCUGUCGGGUUUGUAACUUUUGACAGUCGCUCUGGAGCCGAAGCUGCAAAAAACGCUCUGAAUGGUAUCCGUUUUGAUCCCGAAAGUCCCCAGACCCUGCGCUUAGAGUUUGCUAAAGCCAACACGAAGAUGGCAAAGAGUAAGCUGAUGGCCACACCGAACCCCACAAAUAUCCACCCUGCUCUAGGAGCACACUUCAUUGCACGGGACCCAUAUGAUCUGACAGGGGCAGCACUGAUCCCAGCAUCACCAGAUGCCUGGACUCCAUACCCGCUCUACACCACAGAGCUGACUCCAGGCCUCCCACACGCAGCCUUCACCUACCCGGCAGCUGCUGCCGCUGCCGCAGCGCUCCACGCCCAGGUGAGGGAGCAACCGGCCUCUGGGAACUAUACCUUCCUCCACCUGAAUUGUCUCUGGGGGGAGUUGGAGUUAAAACAAUCUUGCUGUCGACAAUCUGAACUUAUCCUUGGCAACUACUUCGGUACCGUUAGCACUUCAGAAUAACGUAGAACUCAUGCAAAACCCAGUCAGACUCCAUGGAUCCUACCUGCUGAGGAAAACUGAAGUUACUGUUAAGCUCAUCCUUCCAUGGGUUGCCACUGCUCCUGGGAGGUUUAGAGGUGUUAAAUCAUUGCAUGUUAGUCUUUUUGGCAUGAACUUAGAGCGCAGAUUCCUGUGUAUCCUAAUUUUCUUAGUGUUUGUGUUGCCAUUUGGCCUAGACAGCAAAACGUUUUGUUUUUCUUCCUGUAGAUCCUUGGUCUCUUACCUCUGUGUAAGCUAGGCUGUUGUGUAAAUGGCUUAUCUCGCAUGGACCCUGUGAAUGCAUCCCUUCGUUUGAACAAUCCUUGGCCUCUUUAUCAGUGUGUGUCAUUAUUUGAGCAAAGGAAAGUGCAAAAUUUUUUUUGUACUUUUUUGCGUAAUGUAUAUUUAUGCAUUUUUGUGCAACUAAAUAAUGAACUAUAUAAGUUGGAUGUUUAGUCGUCUCUUGUGUUUUUCGAUCCUACAUCCUGUUGAAGUAGUUAAAGUGCAAUUUGUUUAAAGGGGACGUUGGAAUUGGCUUGUGCCAUUCUGCUAAAAUGCGAUUGUUUUACGGCAAUCUUUCAGAAUGUGAAACUGGACUAAAAAUGUAAAUGGUUGCUUUUUUUGGAAGGGGAGGGUUUGAGGGGGGUGGGGGGAUGUUGAAAUGUUUAGCAGGAUUAGAGUGAAGGAAUUUAGUUUGUGGUUUAGAUAAUGUUUGUCCUUGUAUCUGCUGUGCAUAAGAUGUAAAAAAAAAAAAAAAAAAAAAAUCCCAUCUUAUGAAUAAAAAGUGAAUGCAUUCU